AUAACACUGGAAAAACUUUGCAACAACCCUUCAGCACUGCAAACUUGAUGUAACAACACUUUGUCAAUGCUGCAUUGGUACUGCAAAAUUUACGUAACAGCACUGGAAAAAUACUGCAGCAACUAUUUAUCAACUAACAAUGUUACAUUAACUCCACAGCUGCCAAACAAUACCAAGAAAGGAACAACUCUGCAACAAAAAUGCAACAGCACUUUAAACAUGCUAUACCAUAACUGCACAGAUCGUAUACCAGCACUGUAACAACGCUACAACAACACUGCGGCAUCCCUGUAGCUGUUCUGAAGCAACACGGCAGAAAAACUGCAAAAACGUCCUAACACUUUUAGAAUGCAGCACUAUUGCUGCACAAACAACACAACACUCUAAAAACACUGGAACAACUCUAAAACAACACUGAAUCAACAAAGCAACAGCAAUGAAAAUGCUGUAAAAACACUGUAAUAGCCCUGCAACCACUCCUUAACAACGUCACAUUGGCACUGCAAAAAUGCUCCAGUAGAACAGUAGCAACCCUGAAAAAACCCUGUGAAACCACUGCAACAAUACUGUAAGAUUACUCUAACAAAAAAUGAACAAUGCUGUGUUAUUUCUACAACAAAGCUGUGAUAACACUGCAACAACUCAGCAAAGCUACUACAAUAAUGCCACAGUACUAAACCAAUAGUAUGUGGCACUAAUAGGAAAAAAAAUAAAACACAUUGCAUCACCUUGCAAUUUUCCCUGGAACAACACUGUAAAAAUUAUGUAACACUACAAAAACACUUUACCAAUUAUAAAACACAGUGACAAACAAUGGAAAUGCACAACAGUAAAACUGUAAUGACACCACACUCCUGCAUGUAGGAGUUGUAAAAGUACAAUUAGUAGAAGUACAUCACAUCUGUUAUGUGAAAAGGCUUGCCCCACAUGUUUAGUUUGUUGUUGUGCUUCUGAUGUAUGUUACAUUGAUAGUCGUUGUGUCCCUAUUCCAUGUUAUUAUGAAUCCUUUGUUCUGGUGUGUCUGUGACUAUUAUAUAAAUGUGGGUUUAUGUGGUAUUUUUCUGCUGUGUCACACUAUGAGUCUGUUUUGCCUUUGAAAUACCGUUGUAUUACUAACUCUUGUGUGUGAUUGUGAAUCUGUCAUGUGUUAUUGUUGAUUUGUUGUCUGCUAUUAGGUCUAUGUUGUGUUAUUAGGAGUCUGAUUUAUGAUAUGUCGAGAGUUCUGUGUGUUAUUCUGUCUACCCUGUGUUAUAGUAAGUGUGUUGUGAGUCAUUGCGUCUCUGUUGUGCGAGUCUGUUUUGUCCUAGGCCCUUACCCUACUCUCUGCGCAUGCGCUUCAGGCCGCUGCAGAGCCGGAAGUUGAGCAGUGAUUUAGCCCCACAGACAGCUAGCAGCGGAAAGAUUUAGCGAGUUCACAAAACUUAUUUUUAGGCAGAAAAAGUUCUUUUCGAAGGAACCUCGGAGCUCAUAGUGACCCACUACGGACUCCCGAUGGAUUGUGACCGGUUCUGGUCCUUUAUUUCCCGUGAAGAGGAGCGUUAGCGGCCUUUGAAAGAAGUUGUGAUUGUUUUUUGGCGCUCCAGCAGCGAACGCUAGCUGCUAACUGCUAACCCUUUCUGGACGGACAGAACCGAGCUGCUGGAGAUCUAAAAGACUCGGACAGAACAUAGCUCCUUCUCCGCCAUCCGGAGGUCCAGAAGGUUCGGAUGCUGGAAGUCCCUCCGCUGACUUACCCCGAGCUGCUGUUUCUCCCUGCAGACCCACUAAAGCUCUGAUGAUGGAAGCAGAGCUGCUGGAGGCUGGAUCUAGACGUCAGAUGGUGCUCUGAAGAAGCCAUGGGUAGCUGCUUAAGCUGUCCAGAGAAAGAGUCAGUUCCAGAUAAUCAUCAGAGUAAAUUCAAGGUGAUCAAUGUGGACGAUGAUGGGAACGAGCUGGGCUCAGGCGUGAUGGAGCUGACUGAAUCCGAGCUCGUCCUCCACACACAUCGCCGUGACGAUGUCAGGUGGCCAUACCUGUGCCUGCGGCGCUACGGCUAUGACUCCAACCUGUUCUCCUUCGAGAGCGGCCGUCGCUGCCAGACCGGCCAAGGUAUAUUUGCCUUCAAAUGUUCUCGAGCUGAAGAGAUCUUCAACAUGCUGCAGGAGGUGAUGCACAAUCACAGCAUCAGUGUGGUGGAAGAGGCAGUUCUGGACCCCAACCAGCAGGGGGCGCUCACUCCUGCAGCUCUGGGUUACUCGGUACCUACGGUGCCCAAUGGGGUGAGUCGGCUGCCCUCAGUGGGAGAGACACCGUCUCACCCAUCCACCCGUCACCCAUCUGUGGCCAGCACCCGGCUGCCGUCUGUGGGAGAGGAGUCCACACACCCGCUGCUUGUGGCUGACGAGGCGGUGCACACCUAUGUGAACACCACGGGGCUCCUGGAGGACCAGCCCAGCCCGCUCACUGUCGUCACCCCCCUGGAGAGCCCCACCUCACCACAGUCUCAGUGUCCUCCAACCCCGCCACCUCCUCCCAGGGCCCGUGUGGAGCCCGUGCCCCCCGCACCCCAGCCGGAGCCCCAGGUUCUGCUGGAGCCUCAGGGGGUGCGGUUUGUGCUCGGCCCCACCCCUGUUCAGAAGCAGCAGAUGGAGAAAAAGAGGCAACAGGAGCUGCAGGAGGCUGCCGAGCUCCGAGAGACUAACGGCCCCAUCCCAACCCCUACCCUGGCCGAGCUGCCAACCCCGCACUCCAAUGGGUCCUCCUCCAACCCCGCCACGGCUCCCCGUCGCCACCGCCCGGCUCCCCUAACCCCCGACUUGCAGAAUGUCAACAACUCAGCCCAGCGGCGCACUGCUCUGUUGGACUAUGAAAACCUUCCAGCACUGCCGCCGGUUUGGGAGGCAAGGAAGCCAAGUGCUGAGGAGGAGGAGAGCACUGACGGCGGUCUGAAAACACCGUCGCUCAACGGAUACAACCACCACACCACCCACAGCCUGCUGCAGCACUCCUAUUCCCACCCGCUGUCCGCUGUCCUCGAGCCCUCGCACAACUACGUCAACACAGAGAACGUGACUGCGCCGCUCAGCGCGCACCGGCCCGACACGGCCCGCCGACGCACCGACGGUCCGACCAUUUUUAACUUCGACUUCCGCCGGCCGCCGCUGCCGGGCCACAUGGAGCCACCUAAAACUCUGAACUACAUUGAGGUGGAAAUGGACAGCGGCGGCGGCGGACACAAGGGUACGUCGGACGGCAGCAACCCCCACACGCCUCGCACCCCCACCUCCCCGCUGCCCCCGACCACGCCUACACGGCGCACCGAGAUGUAUGCUCUCAUCGAUAUUGAGCGCACCGCCGCCAUGUCCAGCCUGCAGAAAGCACGGCCACGAGACGACGGCACGUCUCGCAAGACGAGACACAACAGCACGGAGCUUCCCACUAAGAGUGCCGCAUGACUUUCUGUGGCAGGUACGGAGCCGUGCAUGGACUCCAUUCAGACAGGAGCUGUCCACCUGAGGAGGUGGACUGGUACUAUAGCAGAUGUAAUACCUCUGAUGAUCAUGAUGUAACAGACUGCUUUCAUUGUAUGGUACACGUCAGUAUUACUGAACAAACAUUCCAGUUAUCCUUUUGUACGAGUCACUGUGCUGCUGUAAGAUGACACAUGUACAGUAGAUCUGACAAUAAAUGUCUGCUUUUAUUUGUACUCGC